AUGUUGAAACAUAUUACUCAAGCUUUACGCGCAUUAUUUUAUGGUUCAGCUUUAUUCAGUUUCGCUAUUAGUAUUAACAUUGUUCAAAUAUGUUCAAUGUUAUUGAUACCAUUUUCAAGAAAACUAGUAUGGAAGAUUAAUUCUCGAGGCGCUCAAAGCAUGUGGUGGGUCAUGCAAAGGCAUAAAGGAAGUAUUACAUUUUCAGGUGAUAAAAUUCCGUCAGACGAAAGUGCUAUAGUGAUAAGUAAUCAUAAAAGCUUUACGGAUUUUUACAUGUUACACUCACUUGCCAUUCGAAGAAACAUGUUGCCUCAUGUUAAAUAUUUUGCCAAAGAUUCUUUGAAAUAUAUUCCUUUUUUUGGGUUUGGUAUGUGGCUCAUGGGAAUGAUUUUCAUUAAACGAAAUUGGACUCAGGACGAAGGGCAAUUAAAGAAAAUAUUUAGAGCUAUUAAAAAAUAUGCUGCACCUAUUUGGGUAGUUAAUUUCUUGGAAGGAACUAGAUUUACUCAAAAGAAAUUACAAGAGAGCCAAGCGUUUGCUAGAGAACGUGGAUUACCUAUUUUACAAAACCUCUUGUUACCAAGAACUAAAGGUUUUGUUGCAUGUGUACGCCAACUAAAGAAUACUCAUGUGAAAUACGUAUAUGACUUCACAAUUGCAUAUCAACAUAUUCGACAAGGAUUACAGUAUCCACCAAAUUUAGUGCAAAUACAUGCAUUACCGCUUAUUACACCCCCUUGGUCAUUUCACGUACAUAUAAGAAGAUAUGCUAUUGAAGAUUUACCUAGUGAUGAAAAAAAUUUGGUAGAAUGGGUUAAAAAUAUUUUUGUUGAAAAGGAUGCUAUUUUAGAAGAUAUGAAAGUAAAAUGGACCAAAAGUGAUAAGUUGGGUUCAAUUCGUUCUGAAAGAUAUUUUAAUUAA